CCAAAGAUGAACUCGAUAAUACCAGCACAGGAUAACCUGCGAGUUAACCGCCAUCUGCCUGCGGACUUCAACACAAUUCAGAGGAAUUCAUACAUUGGCUGGGACACCACUCGUUAUCCCCGCCCUGACCCCAUUAAAUAUAAAGAUGAGCUGGCCGUAGCAGAUGGACUCAUUGAAAGUGACACAGUGACAAAGGGAAGGAUUGAAAGUACAUCAGUCACUGGACGAGAUUUCACUCCAAAAAAUGUCUGCAAGCCAACAUAUUCAGCUCUCCAGCAAAAGAACACAGCUGUCCACCGUGAAGCCUCCAGUUCAACACCCUUCCCCAUGUGCAAGCUGCAAGCCUACCUGAUUCACCAGCAUCUCAAGAACAUGAAAAUUUCCAACAGACGUGUACCUGUCACAUGCACACAAUAAGAGCACAGCCAGAGCUGGUGAACCAUAGUCAUGGCACAGCAACACCAAGCAACAUAGCAACUUCAUCCCAUCAAAGUCUAUAGAACUUGAGCAUGAACCAUCUGCCUUGGGUCAUCAUCGCCGGAUAAUCAUCCCAAAUAGCAGCGUGGAAGCAAUCUCACCAUUCAGUCUUCACAUCAAUUGAAAAAAGUGGUUCCACUAUCUUGAGGCAACUGGGUCUGGGCAAUAAGUGUUGGCCUUGCCAGUGAGACAGUGAAAGCGACAUCCA